GCCGCCAUUCCCCAUUGUACCGCAGAAGAAGACGAACGUAGCUCAUCCAUUUUAUUUUAGCGAAAGGAAAUUCGUUUUUCAGCGUUAACUACAAUGCAAAGGAAAUAUCAAUUAUUUUUCACUAACGUUAGCCAGCCUCUGAAGACUAGUUAGAGCCAGGGAACUUAUGGCAACCAUUGCUGUGUGCUCACUAAAGAUCUUAUCUCCUUGCAUCCGAGCUAUGUCACCUAACUAGCUAUAGCAAAUAUAAGACUAGACUGAAUUUUAUCGGUGCAACUUCGCUUCAUUGCUUAUCUAAGCAGCUAGUACUAACGUUAACUAAUUAACUGAACCAUUUGAUUUGGUCAUAUACGUUCGUCAAAGUUAGAUUCCUAACUAUACCGUUCGUGUUUUGUUCCUUCACUGCGAUUGCUGGCGAGAAAGUUUGAUCUAGCUAUUUGAAAACGAUUCACGAUGAAAAUCAGUUCAUCGGUUUUUGCCUCUUUCUGCCUUAUGAUUGAAAUAUCUGGCAUUGCAUUAUUCCUAAGAGGAUUUUUCCCUGCUCCCAUAAAGUCAUCUUUUUCAUCCAAGACGAAACUUUCAGAUCUUCCGGCUGAACCACUGACAGGUAAUAAUCCCAACUCCUCAACAAUCCUGGUGCCUCUCUUUCAUAGAGUGGUGAUUGUACUGAUAGAUGCUCUGAGGGAAGAUUUUGUGUUUGGGGCUAAAGGGCGGCAGUACAUGCCAUACACUCAACAUCUAGUGGAGUGGGGCUCCUCUCACAGCUUUGUGGCCAAGGCUCGGGCCCCCACCGUCACCAUGCCUCGUAUCAAGGCACUGACCACUGGCAGCAUCCCUGGCUUCAUUGAUGUGGUUAUGAACCUGAACUCACCCGUUUUGUUGGAAGACAAUCUUCUCUGGCAGGCCAAGGCUAUAGGAAAGAGGAUCAUCUUCUAUGGAGACGACACUUGGAUCAGACUAUUCCCAAAGCACUUCAUGGAGUAUGAUGGCACAACCUCGUUUUUUGUGUCGGACUACACAGAGGUUGACAACAAUGUGACACGUCAUCUGGACAGCACCUUGAAGAGAGAUGACUGGGACAUCCUGAUCCUGCACUACCUGGGCCUGGACCACAUUGGCCACUUGAGUGGCCCACACAGCUCCCUCAUUGGCCCCAAACUUCUUGAGAUGGAUGACAUACUUAGGAAGAUUCACUCCUCCCUAACCUCCCAGGAGACUGAAGGGAGUUUGCCCAACCUGUUGGUACUGUGUGGGGACCAUGGGAUGUCUGAGACAGGGAGCCACGGGGGGUCAUCUGAUCCUGAAAUAAACACCCCACUCGUGCUGAUCAGCUCUGCCUUCAAGAGGAAGGUGGGCAUGGACAAUCCUGGGACCGUGGAGCAGGUGGAUGUGUUGCCCACAUUGGCUCUUGGCCUUGGUCUGCCCAUCUCCCAGAACAAUGUAGGAUGCCUCAUCUCGCCUGUGUUCGAACACACCUCACUCCGGGACCAGCUUCGCUUCAUGCACCUUAACAGCUUCCAGCUGAUCUGCCUUCUUAAGGAUAGCACACCCAACUUCCAGAAAGAGGAAGGCUAUGAACAGUUCCACUUUGCAGAGAAAUCGCAUGGGAACUGGAUUAAACUUUACCUGGAGGGGAACACAUCAGAGGUGCUGAGUAACUUGGGGAGGAAGGUUCUGAGACAGUACGUGGAUGCUCUGAAGGCCUUGAGUUCUGCCCUCAGCAAGCAGCUGGGGAAGUAUGACAUGUACUCCAUGAUUGUGGGGAUGGUCUUGGUCCUGCAGGUGCUAAUGGCUCUUCUUCUGGCCAUGCCAGAAGCCCUGAGUCGUGGGGCAGAGGUGGAGAUCCCACUGACCUCCAGCCUACUCUCCCUGCCCUUCUACAUGCUCUGGCUCCUGUGCUGCUCCAUCCAUGUGCUGGUGUGCACCUCAGCCGGGAGCUCCUGCUACCUGUGCAAUUUGUCCUGGAUUCCGGCACUGGCUGCCAUCACCACCUUUUCUGCCAUGUUGUGUGUGCUUCUGUCAAUGGCUGGCAGAAAGCUUGCCUCAGGAGCAAAGACUGGCACCAAGAACGUGAAUGGCUCUGGGUUCUCAGAGCUGGAUGUGCUACUUCUGAUAGGGACACUGGGUAAUGUGAUCAGCCUGGGCUCCAGCAGCUUCAUUGAGGAGGAACACCAGACCUGGUACUUCAUGAUUAACACACUUUGUCUGGUCAUCUUCCAAGAUGUCUGCUGCAAGUAUUUUCGGGAGAGGAGGAACUCCAGUGAUGACGACUCUUACUUAGCCUCCAAACAAGAUCUCCCCUCCUUGCUGUCUCCCAUAUCAGAGCAGGGCAUUGGCUCCCAUAAAUGGUUGGCACUAUCUACACCCCUGCUGACCUUAGCCUGCUGCCGCCUCCUGCGGUCUCUCAACCAGACUGGGGUGCAGUGGAUGCACCUGCCUGACCUGAGCCAUUGGCUCAACAGGUGGGAACACAAGGCAGAGCUCUCCCUACUUUCUGCUGCCUCAUUGCUCCUCAUCUUCUUCUUCGUACAGAAAUGCUGUUCUCUGGUUUCCAAGAUUGCUCUGGCUCUUGGUCUGCUUGGUGUGUACAGCUAUCGGGCAGCUGUGGGCAAUGUGCUGUUCCCAUGGCAACUGGGCAGCCGGGAUAUCUCAAAAGGGACAGUGGAGGCUCGGUUUGUCUACAUCUUCAUCCUGGGUAUCCUCUUUACCGGCUCCAAGGACCUGCUGAGGUCACAGGUUAUCACUGCAGACUCCCGGCUGAAGAGCAGGGGUCUAUGGGAGGUGUAUAGUGGUAUAGUCCUACUGUGCGCCCUCCUGUUUCGACCACACAAUCUGCCAGUGUUGGCUUGCAGCCUCCUCAUCCAGACUACAAUGGCCCAGUACAUUUGGAAAGAGCUGCAGUAUGAUGCCGCCCAAACUACCAUCAUGCACUACUGGUUUGGACAAGCAUUCUUCUACUUCCAGGGGAACUCAAACAACAUUGCAACAGUGGACAUCUCAGCAGGCUUUGUUGGGCUUGAGAGUUAUUUGGCAAUUCCUGCUAUUUUCCUCACAGCCUUCAGCACUUAUUCUGGGCCACUGCUCUGGGCAUGUCACCUAGUCUGCUACCUCAGCUCUGCACAGGACAGUUGGAAUCCAGCAUCUGUGGGCCAUGGAUGUUACUGUUUUGCCUUGUUGCGUUCCAUCCCGACAGUAGUGUACAUCAUCCUCGUCACUGCUUUGCGCUACCACCUCUUCAUCUGGAGUGUCUUCUCCCCAAAGCUGCUGUAUGAAGCCAUGCAUACACUGGUGACCACCGUGGUCUGUAUCUUCUUUACUGCUAUGGACCAGAACCACAUAGGCCAGUCCUAGAACUGGGUUGCUAUGAGUUGAGCAAUAACUUAUCAGGGACAAUGCUGAUUCCUGUUACUGCUACUGUGUACAUGAUUCCAGGCUGAUUCCAGUGUACAUUUUUGUCUCACUAAAUUACCUGUGCAUCAGUUUUUAUCAGUGGUCUAUAAUUGUUCCAUUAGUAAUUACCUUAAAGAAAAUGUACGUAGAAUAUUCUGUCAGGUCAGAAUGAUAGUCUUGUUUUCAAUGAUGUUGUCCCUGGUUUUCUUUUUUUCCCUUGAGUAACUGUGGGAUGUUGCUCCUGGAGUGGGUUCAGGGUGUGUUUGAUGUCAUAGCUUUUGAGAUUAGGCACAGUAAAAUGUUUAGUUUAAAUCAACUCUUACAGAGUACAUAUGGUCCCUAUUGGACUUCUAUGUAUUCUGAUAGUUAAAUUAAAAUGGGACAUUUUACUAUGGGGGUAGUACGUGGUGUUGGCUCAGAAAUUAAACAAGAUGUGUUAGGAUGGCUAAGAUAUGUAUUGUUUCCUUUCAAUAAUCAUCAUAACUUUACUAUUUUAUUAGAUGUGUUGUGCUAUGUAUAUGUACUGUGAAAGUGCUGAACUGCUAAUUAUUGUAAAAUGUUGCUGUGGUAUCAUAGGGCACGUUAAUGUCCAUACAAGUUCACAUAUUCUCACUGGAAUUGGACUGUUUCCCAUCUCCAGAAUGCCCUAUGUUGUAUUCCUGGCCAAUCAUACAUGCAAACUAUGAAUGUAUGUACUUCAUACAAGGUUCCGCUUGUCAGUAAAUUACAACUCAUUUUACCCAAA